AUGGCCAGUUAUAAUCCUAAAACCUACGAUGGAAAACCUAACCCUGUAGAAUUUGAGGAUUGGGUAAGAAGUAUGGAUAAAUUGUUUGAUGCUAUAAAUUGUCCUGAAAAAUGGAAAGUAGGAUUUGCUGUUUAUUAUCUAGUUGGGCAGGCAGAUCUAUGGUGGGAAACUGUGAAGGAAAGGAGAAAUAAUGAAGAUUUCGGAUGGACUCAGUUGAAGGAUCUUAUGAGAGCAAAAUUUUACCCAUCAGCCCUGAAAAGACAAAAAGAGGAAGAAUUUAAUCAAUUAGAGCAAGGCAAUAGGUCUGUUAUGGAUUAUGCAGCAAAGUUUAUGGAAUUGUCCCGAUUUGCACCACACCUGGUAGCAACUGAAGAGUUAAGAAUGAAUAAAUUUGAGAGAGGUCUUAAUUGGGAACUUCGUGACCGACUUUCCACCCAUAAUUGUCAUAGCUACCAAGAGAUGUAUGAUAAGGCAUCAAAUGCUGAGAGAAUAAUUAGAGAAAGAGAGGCAGAAGAUGUAGUGUAUAAAAGGAAGUGGGAAGGAACACGUACUACAAUAGAAAUUUUCAGAAAAGGCCUAAUAUCGGGAAUGCAAAACCCUUUGUACCUCCAAUCCACUAUCCAAAACCCCCUUGUGCCAAAUGUGGUUAUUUCAACCAUUCAACUGAAAAGUGUAGGUUUGCAAAUAAUCGUUGCUAUACUUGUGGGAGUACAAGUCACUUAA